AUGGUCACACACGUCGCAAGCGGCGCCGCAGCGACUGCGAUGACCGUGCCAAAGCAUGUCAGGCGCGAAGCACGUCAGCCCAAAACCUUGACUCGCGCACAGCUGGCUGAGCGCAUUGCAAACGGAGAGACGCUGGUGCUGCAUCGCCGAAAGAUCUACAAGCUGGACCGAUGGCUGUCAAGUCAUCCCGGAGGUGAACUUGCCAUCUUGCACUUUGUCGGCCGUGAUGCCACCGACGAGAUCGAAGCGUAUCAUUCGGAUGACACGCUCUCGCGCCUCAUGUCGCGCUUCGUCGUUGGAUACCUCGAUCAAGCCGAUUGGCAUGACUACAGACCACUCGUGCCACCGGUGCAGCUGGGCUAUCGCAAGGGCAAGCUUGACCAUCCGCAUGCCCAAGUGGCAAUGUGGCGCCAUCGUAACACGCCAUCCGCCUCGGUCGUCAGCUCCAAUCGAGAGAGCCAAGAGCCAGAGCCUGGUUCGGAUAGCUCCGAAGAAGCUCUGGUCGAUAGCCUGGUAUCGACUUCUUCGGCUCACAGCCCGCUGCAGCGUCCCGUUCUGUCAACAAAGUCAAGUCCACCAUGCGCUGUCACAACAACCGUAUCUUCGACACUGAUCGUGGAAAGGCCGGAUGCUUUUCCUCUUCCUGUCGACCUGUUGGAACCGCCACCGGAUCCGGAGUCGAUCGAUCCAGCUCGCGAACACAAGAUAUCGCAAGCCUACCAGCGGCUGCAUCAGCAGGUCAAGGAGGCCGGCCUCUACACGCUACAUCCGAUCGGAUACGCGCGCGAGAUGACACGCUACGUCCUGCUCGCCUCUAUCGCUUACGCUUUCUGGUCGCGCGGACAAGCUCAGCUGCGACUGGAGCACUCAUCGGCUGAUCCGACAUCGUUCUGGAAUUCAUCAACCUCCUCGUUUUUGCUCUCAAGUCUGUUUCUGGGUCUCUUUUGGCAUCAGCUCACUUUUUCUGCGCACGACUCGGGCCACAGCGGCAUCACACACUCCUGGCAAUGGGAUCGUCUCAUCGGCACCGCCAUCGCCGACUUUAUCGGAGGUCUCAGCAUCGGAUGGUGGUGCGACAACCACGACGUCCACCAUUUGGUCACCAAUCACCCAGAGCACGAUCCGGACAUUCAGCACAUGCCCUUCUUUGCCAUCUCGCCACAGUUUGUUUUGGCUGGCCAGACCACAGUGAUCAACGGCAACUCAGGCAUCGGAGCGCCUUCCUCCGAGCCAUCCAAGCCUUUGGGUCUGUGGUCAUCCUACUACCGCCGCGUCCUCGAGUUCGACCUACCAAGCCGCUUCCUCCUCAAGCAUCAGCACAAGCUCUAUUACAUUGUCAUGGCUUUUGGACGCUUCAAUCUCUACGCAAACUCGUACGGCUUUCUCGCCACCAAAGCUCGUCGCGACCGUUGGUGGGCGCUCGAGCUGGUCGGCCUGCUCACCUUCUGGUCCUGGUACGGCUUCGGUCUGCUCGGCUCCCUGCCCACUUGGCCCGUCCGCAUCGGCUACCUCAUGAUCUCGCACAUCGUCACGUCACCUCUGCACGUUCAGAUCGUGCUGUCCCACUUUGCACAGUCGUGUGAUGACCUUGGCCUCAGCGAGAGCUUUGCGUCCCGCCAGAUCCGUACCACCAUGGACGUCGAUUGUCCUCCUUGGCUCGACUUCAUUCACGGCGGUCUGCAUAUGCAAGUCUCCCACCACCUCUUUCCACGAAUCCCACGCCACAACCUGCGUGAGGUGCGCGACCGAUUUGUCGUGCCUUUUGCCAAAGAGUGGGGCCUCGAAUACCACGAGUAUGGCUUUACCAAAGGUAAUGGCCGUGUAUUGACCACACUGAAAAAGGUAGCGGAUCAGGUCCACAUUCUUGCCAAGGUCGCAGAGGCUCAAGCUAAGGGAGAGAUUCAGCAUUGA